UAAUGCGCUAAAUAUGCAGCUGCUCGAAUAUGUAAACCUAAUAAUAUGGCGGCAAGCAAAGGAGUGUUUGAUUCUGCUCAACUUUCUGUCGCUAUUUCUACAGCCUGUUCUCUUCUGAAUGUUGAAAAAUUUUAUCCGGAUCAAGAGCAAGCCCUGCGUAAUUUCUUUAAAGGCAAAGACUUGUUUUUUAGCGCUCACACUGGCUACGGAAAGUCUCUCAUUUUCCAAGCCAUACCGAUCAUUGCUGAUGUUUUAAACGAACAAGUAAUUGGCACAAGUACGGUACUUGUGAUAUCGCCAUUAUUAUCACUCAUGAAGGAUCAAGUAAAGCAUGUAAAUGAUUCAUUUGGGAUAUCUGCGGCUGCUAUAUUCGAUAACCAAGACGAAGAUGUUUUAAAAGCAAUCGAGGAAGGUGUUUAUUCGUUGGUGUAUGCAACUCCAGAAUGCUUCGUCGGGAAAAAACGUUGGAGGACUCUUGCAAGUUCUCAAACAUUUCGUGAAGACUGCAUCGCGGUUGUCAUAGAUGAAGCGCAUUGCUUGGUACAUUGGGGAACAUCUACUCAAAAGGAAAGCCCAUUUAGAAAAUGGUAUGCCAAUGUUGUGGAGUUGAAGUCAUUGCUCCAUUCUUCUACUCGAUAUGCUGUAUUUACUGCAACUGCAACAAAAGCCACGAAGAGUAUUAUUUAUCAAAUGUUGAAUUUAAAUGUCUACAGCACUUUUGAGAUUGAGAAACCACCUUUACGAGGAAAUAUUAGCUAUCAGUUUGUCCACCUCAGCAAGGAUAAGCCUCUAGAGACUGUUUUUGGGACCCUGAUCGAGAAACUUAAAGCUAAAGGUAUUACCACAGAAAGGUGCAUUGUGUUUUGUAAGACACGAAAGCAAUGUUCUAUAGUGUACAGGUUAUUUACUGCUGCUCUUGGUGAGAAGAACUUUAUUGACAGUAGCUUAAGUUAUGACCGCUGUCUAGUGCAAAUGUUUCAUGCUGGAAGCCCUGACUCAGUGAAAGUUCAUGUUGUUAAUGAAAUGACAAAGGAUCAUAGUCACCUUAGGCUGUUGAUAUGCACAGUAGCAUUCGGGAUGGGUAUUGACUGUAAAGAUGUGUAUUCCAGCAUCCAUUUUGGUCCUUCUAGCACUGUGGAGAGCCUUAUACAGGAAACGGGAAGAUUAGGGAGGGAUGGAAAACAAUGCAUUUGUUAUGUCUUAUACAAUGGGCUUCUGACAUCUCAUUGUGAUAAUCAGAUUAAACAACUUGUGGAGACAAAGAACUGUCGCCAAAACCAUAUUAGCAACCUUUUCCAAACAAAUUCAACUAUGUCUUAUCCAACAGGUUGUUUGUGCUGUGAUCAUUGUAGUAAAAAUUGUGACUGUUCUGAACAUGAAAAUAUUUCCAUGAUUUCCUUUGGGGAAACAGCAACAGAGCCAAAUGAUAGAUCAUUUAGCAUUAAGCGAUAUACCUCUAAGGAUCAAAGAGCACUCCUGCGACAGAAACUUCUUGACUACAGAGCAAGCUUAAUUCCAGCAACCACAGAACAAUUUUUACCUGUUGGUUCCACAGGCAUAUUGUUCGAAUUUGACCACUAUCAAAUUGAACAAGUUCUAGCAAACUGUGAUCAUUUAUGCUCUAUGGAUGACAUUAUCAGCUGUGUCGAGUUAUGGAGAAAUACUCAUGCAAAUAUGGUUUAUACCAUUUUAAAUGAGGUUUUUCAAGAUAUGAAUGGUGAUGUUUUGUUUUCCCUGUCAGAGGAGGAUUUUGAAGAUAUGGAGGUAGUUCAAGAAGAUUGGGAAGAAAUACGAGAUGACACCGGAAGGGCUGAAUUGUUUGGUGAUUCAAAAUUUGAUGACUUAUCAAACAUUACUGAGGAAAAUAGCCUAAAUCAAAGUGUGGGAUUUGACAAUGACAAUGUGAGUUUUAUUUUAAAUCAUAUAACAAAAGACAUUGAAAACAUGGAACAUGAUUAGUGCAUCCAUUUAGUUAAUUAUAUUGUAAUUAUAGUCUGCACUAUGAUAGUAAUAUUAUAUUAUAUAUAUAAUAUACA